GAUUUAAGAACCAUGAACAAACAAAUACAGUAUUUUUUAACUACCAAACGGCCCACUUAAACGAUUCUAAAAUGGGCCGGAUUUCCAAUAAAAUUGGUCCAUCAAAUCAUCAUUUCGUGGAUCUAAGUAUUGAAAAUUUGAAAUCCAUUUCUACACUCAUCUAAUUUAUGCCAUCCGAUUUCCCAAAAAAAAAAAAAAAAAUUUCGUAAGUUCGGAUCUUCGCCGUGUUAAGGGCCCACCUACGGCCAUCACCACCGUCAUCGCCGCCGUGCUGUAUACUAUCAGAUUCCAGGUGCUUCUAUAUCCAAGAGAAAAUUGGAAAGAAAAGUGCAAGAUUACAGUAUGAAAGACACAACAAUUAGCUGCUGAGCAAUGGACAUCAUAGAAGAUAUGGUCAUAUGAUCAGAUGAGAAAGUAAUCAUAAGAAAAUGGCUUAUUUCUGAUAGAUAUGCAAAAGUUUCUUCAUUCAGAAAUUUUCCAGACUUGAGGGAAAAUCAGAAGAAAUCUAGAUGGAGCUGCAUAUCCAAGCCUUCCUAAACAGAAUCUCUCUAAUUGUUUCUACUAUUGCCACCGUCAUCCUUUUUUCCAUUCUCCUCCAUCCACCAGAAACUUGUAUUCCCCAUUUGUCUCCUCACAACCCUCUCAAAUUUCCUCACUCCACUUGUGAUUCUCAUCAUCACCCCCGCCCUUUCUCCACUCUUGAGAAGAAGAACCAUCGCCUCUGGUCAACUUCUGCAUGGCUGAACAAAGUUAAGUCAUUUUCUCGUGUCUUCAUUGAUGCCCAGAAGAAUAACCCUUCUCACAAAUUUUCUAUCCUCUCUAACUCUUCCAAGUCCCUCUGCCUCUUAGCUGGUGCUGGACAGGAAGUAAUGGCUCUUCAACAAAUCGGCGUGUCUGAUGUUACAGCCAUUGAUCUUGUUGACUCACCUCCACUCGUUAGUCGUGCUGACCCUUACUAUUUGCCUUUCUUUGAUGAUGCUUUUGAUUUCGCAUUCUCUGCUCAAUUUGACGUUGCUUUGUUUCCCUCUCGGUUUAUUGCUGAGAUGGAAAGGACAGUUAGGGUUGAGGGUUUUUGUCUUUUGCUUGUGGAGGAGUGUACCGAUGAGGAGGUGAGACAAAUAGAAAGGCUGUUUAAGAGAGGAGAGUUAGUGGGUGCUGAUAAUUUGACAUUCAGUGGAUCAAAAAUGACUAGAAUUGUUGUGCGGAUUAUAAAUUCUACAAUAUAUUGAUCGCGUAUUAAGUAUGCUAUUCUGAUUGUUUCAAUUUGUAUAUGAACUCUUAGUUUACUUGUAUACUACCCUCCAUCCCAAUCUCGAGUAUGUAUCUAUGGCUUAGAAAUUGCAUAUAUAUUGAAUUGAGAUCCAGCCUUUUCUUUGCUUCA